AUGUCGAAACAGGCAGAUCUCGUCCUCGACUCCAAGCUCGAGACAAUUUUUGACCAGGAUCGCCCGGGACAGACUGGACACGUUUUUGUCGAGGCAGACGCGGCCUUGCAGCGGCGGUCAGUCCGCCGGGUCGAAUGGUGGCAACGCCAGAGAUGCAUCGGCUCUGGUGGGUGCGGAACCGUCUACUUGGAACGAUGUAUCAGCGGCCAGCGCCAUGUCACUAUCAGGGCCGUCAAGACGAUCCCCUUGUCGGCAAGCCAGAAACGUAGCAAGCUCUAUGACAGAGAACUUGAGGCUACUUCAAAGUUCUCGCAGAAAAGAUAUGAGAUCUUCUUUGUUAAAUCUCUCGGCUGGUUCGAUCAUCAAGACUCUCUCGUCAUCGCCAUGGAGUAUAUGCAGUACGGCAGCCUCCAGGAUUACUUAUCCUAUGCCCCGCCGAUGAGCGAAGCCGAGGCGGCCGAAAUUUCCUCUCAGAUUCUCGAAGGCCUCUGGAAAAUGCACGACAGUCGCUUCGUCCAUCGAGAUAUCAAGCCAGCGGACAUCAUGGUGCAAUCGGGACCCCCAGCUUCAUGGUGGGUCAAGAUUGACGACUUUGGCAUCAGCAAGAGGGUGGAUUGGGCAUCCGAUACGACAUCCACAUCAGUCAAGGGACGCUCGCCUUCAUGGCCCCCGAGAUGUACGGCUCUAGGGCUGUAG